AUCCUGGACAAUCGUCUUACUCCGGAAAUUCCAUUUCCACGCCUUCCAUGGGUUCCAACAUCUACACCCCCAAUGACAGUCAGUACAACAGCAGCAAUUUGGAUACCCCGGGGACAAACGUCUCCUCGAGUUACCAGAAUCAGGGCCUGUAGGGCUCAAACAUUGCAAGCAUUGCACCGACCGGAUAUGGACACCAGGUCCAAGACUACUCCACAAGCUUUAGUAUGGACUCAUACCAAAGUAACCCAGGCCCUGGAACCUAUGUUGACCAGUCAUUUGGAGGUAGCCAUGACCAAAACUUUCAGGAUCAAAACACAAUGUCAUAUCCAUUCUCUUCUACCCCAUCAACGGCAUUGAGUUAUGACGUCGGAGACCCUGGCCCACUCGAAAAUACUCCACAGCAAGAAGACAGACUUUCAAGUGCAGAUUUUCCGUGUGAAUAUUGCGAAAGGGGAUUCUCGAAACAAUACGAAUUGACUAAACACAUACGCAUCCAUACAAAGCCUUUAAGUUGCGAAAUCUGCUGGAAUUUUGAAACAGCUCAGAAGAAAGACUUGGACCGACACCUCUUGGUCUAUCAUCCGUCAUAUGCGCAGUCACAAAAUAUACCAGAAAACUUGAAAGAAUGUGAGGAUUGUAGGCGGAAGUUCAGGAGCGACAAUUUGAAACGGCAUCAACGAAACGCAAAGCAUGGAGAAUAUCGAGACAGGACCUAAGAGAUCCCAUUAUUAUUUUCGUUUGUCUUUCCAUUGGUCUUUCCAUUGGUCUUUUCAGGAAUUCAGGAUCGCGGUAGCGGAUUUUCUUUUAUUAAUGUUUAGCUCACAUCCAGUUUAU